GCAGUAAUAAUUAACCAUUGCCUUCCAACCAGAGUGCUCCGCGCUGUGGUUAGGACGGAGCUUUCCCCAGUAUCAUACUUGGUUGUAAACUCUGUCGAGGAGAUUAGGAAGGGGGAAUCGAAGAGUUUUCAAGCAGUUGUAAAACGAGUUUCCGCCCACAACACGCCCAUUCAGACUGAAUAAAUACCGGUUCUAGCAGUUGGCCGCUGAGAAGAGUCCAAUUUCUAUCUAAUUUUGUGACCAAAAAACAAUGGAGACUGAAAUUGAACAGCAGGAAGAAGAGACAACUUUCAGCAACACAGACACAAACGGCAAGCGCCCAGCAGAAGAUAUGGAGGAAGAGCAGGUCUUCAAAAGAUCCCGCAAUACUGAUGAAAUGGUGGAAUUGCGUGUUUUGCUGCAAAGCAAAAAUGCUGGAGCUGUGAUUGGCAAGGGUGGCAAAAACAUUAAAGCACUACGUACAGACUACAAUGCCAGUGUAUCAGUCCCAGACAGCAGUGGCCCCGAGCGUAUUCUGAGUAUCAGUGCCGACAUUGAAACAAUUGGCGAAAUUCUGCUAAAGAUCAUCCCUACUUUGGAAGAGUACCAGCAUUAUAAAGGGAUUGAUUUUGAUAGUGAGCUGAGACUACUCAUUCAUCAAAGCCUGGCAGGAGGCAUUAUUGGUGUUAAGGGAGCCAAGAUCAAGGAGCUGAGAGAGAACACCCAAACAACAAUCAAACUGUUUCAAGAGUGCUGUCCUCACUCAACCGACAGAGUAGUGCUUGUUGGAGGAAAACCUGACAGAGUUGUGGAAUGCAUUAAGGUUAUCCUUGAACUGAUAUCAGAGUCUCCUAUUAAAGGGCGCGCACAGCCUUACGAUCCAAACUUUUAUGAUGAAACAUACGACUAUGGUGGUUUCACCAUGAUGUACGAUGACCGCGGAAGGCGUCCCAUGGGUUUCCCUAUGCGUGGUAGAGGGGGCUUUGAUCGCAUGCCUCCUGGUGGAAGAGGGGGCCGCCCCAUGCCUCAGUCUCGCAGGGAUUACGAUGACAUGAGCCCCCGCAGAGGACCACCUCCCCCUCCCCCUCCCCCAGGCCGAGGUGGCAGAGGAGGCAGCCGGGCUCGCAAUCUCCCCCUCCCACCACCACCGCCCCCAAGAGGAGGAAGUGAGCCGUAUUCCUUUGAGAGCUAUCCUGCCAGUUCAGACGACGGAGCAGAUAAUGAUAGAAGAGGCAGACCUGGUGAUCGCUACGAUGGAAUGGGUGGGGCUGGGUAUGAUAAUAAUUCAUCGUGGGAACCAUUUCAAUCCGGUGGCCGGGGUUCUUAUGGAGAUAUCGGAGGACCUGUUAUCACAACUCAAGUUACCAUCCCCAAAGAUCUGGCUGGGUCAAUAAUUGGGAAGGGCGGUCAACGAAUCAAACAAAUCCGACAUGAGUCUGGUGCAUCAAUCAAAAUUGAUGAACCUCUGCAGGGGUCAGAGGAUCGCAUUAUUACUAUCACGGGCACACAGGACCAGAUCCAAAAUGCUCAGUAUCUGUUGCAGAACAGUGUGAUGGAUGUCUUCGCUAGUUAGACAGUGUGAAGCAGUACUCUGGUCGGUUCUUCUAAAGGAGAGUAUGAUUGAAGGAACUCUGCGCUGCUUGGUUUGUCCUGUCCCUGCUUCUGUUUAAAGAGCCAACAUUCCUCUGCCUUGGGUAGAUGUUCUGCAUUUGGGGUGUAGUUCAAGUUCUGCUUCUUUUCCAUCCAAUGUAAUAUUUUAAUUCUUAGUGAAGCUUACUAAAUGUUUGGAAUUUUUGAAAUGGCAGCAGAAUGAGUGGAUUCUGGAUUUUAUUUUUGUUAAAUUGUUUUGAUGGUUUAUUGUAAUGUGUUUUCUGUAACUAAAUGGUGAACAGACUCAUCUUUAUAUACACUGUUUGUAUGGGCAAAAGUACUGGUAGUCUAAAUGUGCCAGACAUCCAUUCAGUACAAUGUGCAGAAUGUAAUCUUGUUUUGUAAGGAACAUUUUUAUGAUUUUUAAAAUAAAUUUAGUAAACUACUUCUUGCAAUUUCAGUUACCAAAAGGUUAGGGACUGUAUAAAGAAAUGUAAAUAUACAGUAGUAAUUUUGAAGACUCUUCUUUUUUUUUAUUUUUUUUUUAUAGAAUUUGAAUCUCCAUAAAGGAAUUAUGCAUUGCAUUUUUUCCCCUGGAUUAUAUUCCAUACUAGUGUACUGAUUGGAGUAAAUAAAGGACUAUUAGGACCAAAACAGACACAAAUGAUUUAAAGCCCAAAAUAUCAGUCAAAUUAGUUCUGUCAUCUGGAUUCAACAGUGUAUUUAGAUCAUUGUCUGUUUCCUUUUAUGGCUUUUAAACUAUAUGCCCCAUAUAAAUAUGAUUCAAUCCUUGUUGUAGAGCACAAGUGUCUCUGUGUUUUUUUAACCUACACUUAGAUCUCACUGAAUAAACUACAUUGCACCCUGGUUUCCAACUUUCAGUUCUGGCAAUAUUUUACUGUAAAUGUUGCCAUGAUAAAAUUACACCUCUUGCUCGAUCUCUUUGAGAAUCUGGGAUCUAUUUUGGCAUCGCAAAUACCAGCAUUUUUAUGACUUAAUUAUUUAGCAAAUUCUUAUUUGAUGGGCAGCCAUAAAUAUUCCAUCAUAUGUUUAUUUUUCUGCACAGAUUUGCUAUAAAUAUGACUAGAGUUUAAUUCAUUUCAGAAUAUUUUUUGUAGGGAAUAUGAAAUAAGAGAUCACCAAGAGCCUUUAUAUUAAAUAUAAAUGCCAUCUUGCACCAUCCAUAUGGUUAUUGUUGGCAUGUGUUUCUGCUUCAGUAACCACCACUGAUGAGAUGUAAUCAUGUUCGUGGCAUUUGUUGCAAAACAGUACAGGAUUUAUAUUUUUUCAUUUCUAACAAAUACUGCAUUUCAUACAAUGUUCAUAAGUACAUAUCAUUUGCAGUUUAAAUGAGGGAAAUAACUUGUAGUCCAGUCCAUUUGUGUAUACUUUUUAAUAUUUUGUAUUGCUCAUGGUAUUUCUGUUCUAACAAAUAAAGUACCAAAAAAUGAA